GCGACCAUGGAGAGAACCCUCUCUUUCUGCUCAUUCCUCCUGCUCCUCCUCGCCGUCCACGAUGCCCUUGGCCCCGUCACGUCCGCCUCCUCGUCCUCGUCGUGUCCCAUCGACCUCGGCUACGUCGAGACCCUCCCGUGGAACGCCUCCCUCUGUCAGUCCAGAUCGGAGGGCGGCUGCUGCCAAACCCUGCUCAGCCUCUUCGGCGUGGGGCUGGCUCAGUACCUCAGGGAGACCUCCAUGUUUCAGCUCCCCAACCUGACCACUUCGUCUUCUUGCCUGUCCGAGUUCGGGACAAGGCUCGCGGCUCGAUCAGUCCAGGAAUCCUGGGUCCCGGUCUGCUUCAACAGCUCCGCCCAGUUCGUGGUCAACGACUCGAGCUGCGACGGGAUUGCAUCCGUCCAAGACUGGACUGCCAAGGUCGGGCCGAUAAGCCCGCUCGAUACUUCUUGCAAGGGGGACUUGACCGGAACGAGGUGCAGUCAAUGCGUACAAGCCGGACUGCAGGUGUCUUCACGGUUGUCGAGUUUAGCUCCUAACUCGACGGACUGCUUCUACUUCGCGGUUUUGUAUGCGGCAGGGAUCGUGAAUGAGCUCGGGCCAGGGGAUGUGACGACGGCUAAUUGCAUCAUCGGCUUGCCCAUAUCCAGCACAGCAAGUAAAGAUUCUGAUCAUUUGAGCAAAAAGAACGUGUUGAAGUUGGUUGCAAUAUUCUUGGGCGCACUUAUGGGUGUUCUUCUUGCAUUCGGAGUCAUCGUCCUCCAUAGAAAACGGGAGCGAGAAAAGAAGCGGAAUGCCCCGCACGAAGAAUUCGUCAACGGCUUCAAGAGCAGUGUGUUGCCAAACAGCGGAGCGAAAUGGUUUCGGUUCUCAGAGCUGGAGCGAGCCACGAACAGGUUCUCACAGGGAAACUUCAUCGGCCAAGGCGCUUCCGGCUUGGUGUAUAAAGGAACUCUCUCGGACGGAACUUUGGUCGCGGUGAAACAGAUUAUUGAUAUAGACACCGAGGGCGAUGAAGAGUUCUCUAACGAGGUCGAGAUCAUAAGCAAGAUCAGGCAUCGGAAUCUUCUCUCUCUCAGAGGUUGCUGUGUAAAGAGCGAUGACUUCCGUGGCAAGAGGAGGUAUCUGGUUUAUGACUACAUGUCAAAUGGAAGCCUGAGUGAUAACUUGUCCAUUGGUUCUGCAGGCUUGAAAAGGAACGCGCUAACUUGGCCACAGAGGAAGAAAAUAAUCUUAGAUGUGGCGAAAGGGCUUGCUUACUUGCACGAUGGAAUCAAACCCGCUAUUUAUCACAGAGACAUAAAGGCCACCAACAUACUUCUUGAUUCGGAUAUGAAUGCCAGUGUGGCGGAUUUCGGGCUAGCCAAGCAAAGCAGAGAAGGGCAAUCUCAUCUUACGACCCGGGUCGCUGGGACAUACGGAUAUCUCGCACCGGAGUACGCUCUCUAUGGGCAAUUGACUGAAAAGAGCGAUGUUUACAGUUUCGGAGUCGUGAUUCUCGAGAUCAUGAGCGGGAGGAAAGUGCUCGACACAUCGGAGUUGAACGCAGGACCUCUGUUGAUCACGGACUGGGUAUACAAGCAAGUGAAAUCAGGAAACGUGGAAGAAACUUUCGACGAGUCAAUAAGGGAAGAAGGGCCAAGAGGGGUCAUGGAGAGGUUUGUUCAUGUGGGGAUUCUAUGCGCUCAUGUAAUGGUGGCUUUCAGACCCACAAUUGCUGAGGCUUUGAAAAUGUUGGAAGGUGACAUCGACAUACCUAGAUUGCCAGAUAGACCAUUGCCACUGAGUCAUGAAUCAUUUCGAUCUUUUUCGAGUGUCACUUCAUCUACACGGGCUGGAAGAAAGUCCAGCUCGAGCCAUGGACCAUUCAAUGUUUGAAUCAGGCGCUAAUCCAGAAGAUGAUUCAUAUCCUUAGAAUUGUAUUCUGCAGCUACUAACCUCAUUCAGAUGUACAGGACAACAAGAAAUUGCAGUGAUGGCAUUACCAUUCCAAUUCACUUCGGUUGCUUUUUUCCUUGAUGACCUCCAAUCAAGUCAUGGCUCCUGAGAGUUUAGAGGAAAUCUCUUGUACCAUAGCAAAAUCUAGCGCUUAUGUUUGUGGGUUUUAUGCAGCAAACUAAUGAAUGUUCUGUACUGUUUUGAGACGACAAUUUGUUA